CUUCUCAGAUACCAAUAUUUCGCCCCUGUUUGUGUCGGAUACACAGAUGUCUCAGUUGUUGUCACAUAAUUUGAGUGUAGUGACUGAAUCUAGAAAACAGUUUCUUUUGCUUCCCUGUACCCCAAGCAUUAUGUGCAAUACAGGACUCCUAACAAGACAAACACACAGAGCACAGCCCUCUGUCUUCUCUUGCCGUUUCUGCAGUUUGGGAGCACAGUCCGGAAGUCUGACUCAUGUUGACCGGACCGGCAGGGCGAAAAUGGUCGACGUGGGUUCGAAGCUGGUGACAGAACGGACUGCUGCAGCACGAGCAAAGGUUUUUGUGGGACCCGAACUGGUGAAACUCGUACGAGAAAAUGGCCUGAAGAAAGGUGACGUACUUAGCGUUGCUCGCCUGGCGGGAAUUGUGGGGUCCAAGCAGACGUCCAGCCUUAUCCCUCUGUGUCAUAACAUAUCUUUAUCCUCUGUGGCUGUGGACAUUGAACUGGACUCUGCUCUCAACUGUGUGAUUGUAACUGGCACGGCAAAGUGUAGAGGGCAGACGGGUGUGGAGAUGGAAGCUCUCACUGCUGUAUCGGUGUCUGCCUUAACAGUGUACGAUAUGUGCAAAGCUGUGAGUCAUGACAUUGUGAUAUCUGAAAUAAUGCUUCUGGCCAAAAGUGGGGGAACUAGAGGAGACUUCCACCGGACAUGAGCAUCUGUGUGGGGCAGUGAAAUAAGUUAAGUAUACCUGGUGUGAU